AUGCGUUUGAUGACAUUUCGUACCAGGAAAAGGAAAAAGAGUGACAAAAGAAAUGUUAAGGUAUGUUUUUCUAAUAAUUAUAAAUUUUACAUUGUAAAAAGGGAAACGUGAAAUUACUUUUUUGCUUCUACGUCAAUAUGGGCUUCUAUAGUAUUACAUUGGCACCUUUUAUAGCAAUAUAAUAUUACGAUAGCUUUAAUGUAAAAGCUUCUACUACUUUUUAAGAUUAUAUCUUUUGACUCUUCUAUAAUAUAUCAAUAGUCAUCGUGUUAAUAUAUAAACAUUGCACACGUGGAUUCCUGUGAAUAUUAUCCUUGUUGUACUCGGACUAAUCCUGUUUUCAAAACUUUCAAUCUUGCUUUAUUUGUAAUAAGCUGACAACGUGCUGGAUUACUUUUAUUGCAUUUUUAGUAGCUGUAAACAUGUUGGAGGAUGACUUAAUAUCUGUUCGGUCAAAAAGUUGGUAGAGGAGGUGACUGGGGCUUAAAAAAGAGGAUUUUAGCUCAUUUAAGUACUAUAUAACAGUUUAUAUUGUUGUUAAUAAGCUUAAAAACCGUUUGAAGAGCUUUUAAUUACGAAUUUCAUUGGUCAAAAAGUACAUAGAAAAGCAAAUUCUUGAUUGUUCUCUUUAAUUUUUGACUUUAUUUUAAUACGCUUUGUCUUACUGUUCAUUUUCUAUGGACGGUGAGCAGUAUCUUUAGUCAUAAUUGUCAAUAACGCAACAUUAUAGUACACAUUGCACUAUCUCAACCUUGAAAAUCUCCGUUUUUAUGAAAUUUUCGAAUCAUAAAACGGAUACUGUAUUUUAAAUUAGCCGCAGAGACUAAUAAUAUUAUAAUUAAAAGAGGUCCGGCCUUCUCCUUUGUUGUUAACGAGACUUCUGAACUACAAACACUUCGUACAUACGACGUGCGCAGUCAUUAGUAUUUCUUGCUUUUCAGCCGCUUUUUUAACUUUUUGCCCGUUUUUAAUAUUACAAGUUAAUAAUUUCGCUUCAGUUUGGGGCAGCCGGCUUCCUUUCCGCUCGGCCGAGAAUGGAAAGUCAGCUUCAGAAUCUGGUGCGUCAGAUAAGCGAACGGCACAAGGUAAGGUGAUAUUGUUGUAGAGUAGGUGUUGUUGAGGUUAGUAAUACUUAUUUUUAAGUAAAUCAUUUUGAAAAUGGCAUGUUGCAGUUAAUGUUACUGUCCAAUAACAUCUAAACAAUAAAAAUGGAAAACUUUGCUGAUUACUUAUUACCUUGACUUAGCUGAUUAGAUGUUGUCAUAGUAACAAUUUCAUUUAGCAGAAAAUGAAGCCGAAGCCGUUGAAUUUAAAAUACAUUUCGAAUUUGGAAACCGGCUUGAAGCUGAAGAAAGGGCGAGGAAGGCCGAGGAAGAAUCCACGACCAGAAGAUGUUGAAGUAGUCAAAGAAGGUCAUCAACAGAACAUCAACUUCAAGAAACUCAGCGUUACACAACAGCAUAAUCUACAAAAUGUUACUGUAGAUGUUGUUAACAAUAUUACGAAUAUCUUGAUGAAAACUUUUGAAGACAGCCAACAGAUUCUCAAAAAUGACAACGAUGGAAAACGGAAUCAGAAGAGUGAUGACCAGUUUGACAAUAUUCUGAAGGCUAAUGGCAGUAAGCAACUUUUAAGGUAUAGUGACGAACAGAAACAGCUUCUGAAGGCAGACGAUGAUAAACAGAAUCAGGAAGUUAGCAAUGAUAAACAACUCAUGAAGAGUGAUAACUAUGUUAAGGAUAUUGUGAUCCCUAAGGGUGCCAAAAGGAGGAAACUAGCCAAACCACUGCCUUAUCUAGGCAACAAUUCUGAUACUGAAGAAAUGGAGCCGGCUCCAAUUAAAGUCCAAUUUCAGAACGGUCUGGCGUUUUAA